AUGUUAAGGAAUUCUUCCACGAGGUUGCUUAGGAGGGCCCUCUCAUCUCAAAGAACUAUACCCAAUGUUUUACCUACAUUCCACUUGAGAAGUCUGGCUACAGUAGUGCAGGCUAUACAAAAGGAUCCUGCCGAAUUAGAUCAAAUUACUAUCCUUCCCAAUGGAGUUCAAGUCGCAACUGAGGCAUUACCUGGUCAUUUCUCCGCCAUUGGUGUAUACAUCGAUGCAGGGUCCAGAUACGAAAAUGAAGAUUUUAGAGGAGUCAGUCAUUUAAUGGAUAGAUUGGCAUUCAAAUCCACGACGAAGCGAUCGAGCGAUGAAAUGUUAGAAUCCAUAGAAUCUCUGGGAGGAAAUAUACAAUGCGCCUCAUCGAGAGAAUCUCUAAUGUAUCAGUGUGCCACAUUCAACUCUGCGGUACCGACUACCGUCGCACUGCUUGCCGAGACAAUACGAAAUCCUUUAGUGACCGAAGUGGAGGUUGAGCAACAAUUAGAAACUGCCGCCUAUGAGAUUGGUGAAAUUUGGUCAAAGCCAGAGUUAAUUCUCCCUGAAAUCGUACACAUGGUUGCGUACAAGGGCAAUACUCUGGGAAACCCUCUAUUAUGCCCCAAAGAGCGACUUUCAGAGAUCAACAGCAAUACCAUACAAAAAUACCGGGAUACUUUCUAUAGACCCGAAAGAAUGGUGGUGGCAUUUGCGGGCGUACAACAUGAUGAAGCAGUAAAGCUUGCCGAGCAACAUUUUGGGGAUAUGCCAAAAUCAGCUCCCGUCUUAUCCCAAACUGGUUCGGAAACAUCACUCGACUCAUCAUCAAGUGAAACUAGCAGCAAUAGCUCAAUGUCAUCUUCCUCAUCACUACCACCAUCGCCGACGCAAAAACCAUCCUCCUUGAUAUCACGCAUCCCAUUUUUCAAGAACAUCUCUACUUCUGCCCCCAAAAACGCCUCUGUUCAAAAUGAUUUCCUGAAUCCCCUCGAUCUCAAUGAAGCCUCACACUACACAGGUGGAUUUCUCUCCCUCCCUUCGCUUCCACCGCCAACGAACGCCUCCGUCCCCGCCUUGAGCCAUAUCCACAUCGCUUUCGAAGCCCUCUCCAUAUCUUCCCCUGACAUAUACGCCCUCGCCACUCUCCAAACCCUUCUCGGCGGCGGUGGAUCAUUCUCUGCCGGUGGUCCUGGCAAAGGCAUGUAUUCUCGCCUUUACACCAAUGUUCUCAACCAACACGGCUGGGUUGAGUCCUGCAUGGCGUUCAACCAUUCGUACACCGACUCUGGUCUCUUUGGCAUCUCCUCCUCUUGUUCCCCUGGUCACGUCAAACCCAUGCUCGAUGUUAUGUGCCGCGAACUACAAAACCUCACUCUCGCUACUGGGUUUAACGCGCUACAGACUGCAGAAGUCAACCGUGCGAAGAAUCAGCUGAGAUCCAGUUUAUUGAUGAAUUUGGAGUCGAGGAUGGUAGAACUAGAGGAUUUGGGAAGACAAGUACAGGUUCACGGAAGAAAAGUGGGGGUGAGAGAAAUGUGUAGGAAAAUUGAAGAAUUAACUGUCAAAGAUUUAAGAAGAGUGGCUACACAAGUCUUUGGAGGCUUGGUGAAAAAUGCAGGACAAGGAAGUGGCAGCCCAACAGUGGUAUUACAAGAAGGCGAAGUGGAAGGAAGAGUAUUGAAGGAAUUCGGUUGGGAUCAAAUCCAAGAUCGGAUUCAUGGAUGGAAAUUGGGGAGAUGGUAA